AUGAACGCCUUAUUUGCGCUUGGAUCCAAUGGAUCUGGCCAGCUAGGGAUCAGCCAUAAAGAAGAUGUGUCUGUCCCCAAGCCCGUUAUAUUUCAUCCAUCCCAGCCAGAGUCACGCAUCACGAGAAUCGUAGCUGGUGGCAACCACACUCUAAUACUCACCGAAGCCGGCCAGAUAUUCUGGAGUGGCAAUCCGGAAACUGGUGCGUGCGGCAUAGCGUCUCCCCCAGCUGCGCCUGUCUUCCAGGAAAUCCAGCUGUCGAAAGAUGGGAACGAAGCUAUCGGAGAGUGUACGCUAGUGGCUGCAGCCUGGGAAGCUUCGUUCGUGGUGGCCCGGGGCGGCGAAGGCAAAAAUACGAGACUAUACAGCUUCGGUGUGGGCAUGAAGGGCGAGCUCGGAGCCGGUGAGCUUAUCGUCAGGACACCCUCGGCGACGCUGAUCAAGGAUUUCCCUCCGCCUGGAACGGAAAUCGUAGAUUUGCACGCCUCCAUGGGCCAUGCCGUCGCCGUGCUAAGCAACGGUGAUGCCUAUGGCUGGGGAAACUGCCGCAAAGGGCAAGUAGGAGAGCCGGCACAAGUAAUACAUUCGCCGCGCAAGAUUGAAGGGGUUGGCUUUCACGUCUACAGGGCAGUGUGCUGUAAAGAAUCCACAUGUCUUCUUGGAGAGGCUGGCAAAGGGGAAAUUGCUGUGCUGGGCUCCGACAAGUGGUCAAUAAAAUCCAAUGCACCAAAAGAGGCGCCAGCCUGGAAGGAUGCUGGAGCGAGCUGGGGAAGUGUGUAUAUUUUGACCGAAGACGGUCGUCUGGUCGCAUGGGGACGGGACGAUCACGGGCAACUGCCACCUCCCGAACUCCCUACUCUUUCAAAGAUUGCCAUAGGAAGCGAGCACGUUGUUACGUUAACAGAAAGUGGUGAUGUGCUGUCCUGGGGCUGGGGAGAACAUGGAAAUUGCGGGCCACAAGUUGAAAACAACGAUGUCAAGGGUCGGUGGAAUGUCAUAGCAUCGUCAAAAUUUAUACCGAAAGAGGCUCGCAUUGCAACGAUAGGGGCAGGGUGCGCCACUAGCUGGAUCUAUAUUGCAGCAGCUGAUUAA